UUCCCUUGUUUUAUUUGUGACGAACAGCAACGCUAUGAAUUGAACGAAGAUGAGAAUGGUAACGAAAAAGUCGGUGAUUUGAUAGAUCGAGAUCGAAGAGAGGGUUUCAUUGCUGUUGAAGAAAUGGAUGAGCAUUUGAAGGAAAUUGCUGCGAAUGUUUGGGAAAAGCCACAGACAGAUAUUCACGCACUCAAGUUGGACAUUGAAGAGUUGUACGAUCAUAUACAAAACUUCACAAUAACCGUCGAUGAAGCAGAAAGUGCUUUAAGAGAGUUGAAAUUGCGUUAUGAUGGUGUGACAAGUGAACGCGAACAAAAUGAACAUAACGCAUUAAAAUACUGGAUUGAAUUACCGUCGAUUAGAUAUCGUUUAUUGAAGUUCGAAGAACGUUUGAUGGGCUUCGAUAGGAAUGAUUUAUCGACGGAUGACAUCAAAACUGAUCAUCAAUUAUAUGGAAGAAAUCAAAUGGAAAUUAUAAAAAUCGACAAUAUGCGAGCGUUCAUAAAUGAUUUGGCGAUUCAGUUGAAAGCAGUUUAUGAGUAUUACUUCAUUAGUGACGACGACCUUCUAAACGCUGGUAUAGUUAUUUCGCAAACAGAGAACAAUCUAACGAAACGAAGGGAUUUAUUGCCUACACAAAAACCGAAAAAUCGGUGCAUUUGGUUCUUCUGCUUCUGA